AUGGCGACUGAAGAUGUCAACGAGGGAGGCAGCUAUGAUGUCGCUUCCCGCACGUUUCCAAAAGAGAUCUGCUAUAUUGACGCACAGAUUAAUAGCCUGUUUGAUGUUCAUCUUCAUCCUGGAUUGACUUCCAUAAAUCUGCAUUGUAAUAACAUCUCAGAAAUAGAAAACCUCGAUGGACUUAAGAACCUUAAACAUUUGGAUCUGUCAUCCAAUCACAUUAAAAGAAUACAAGGACUUAAUGGUUUGAAGAGCUUGGUAACGCUCAACUUAUCCUGCAAUGAGUUGCUGAUUGUAGAAGGUCUCGAAAAUUUAAGGUACUGAUCAGUCUGUCUAAGUUGGUGCAGUGGAACUCUAAUCUUGGACACCCAUAUGUAAUGAACAGUUUCUUUUGUCCUGACGGAAAAAAGCUCAUAUAUUUUUCUCUAAAAUGAACCUACUUAAAACGGAUACCUGGUUAAUGUAGAUGCUAUGGCACAUCCCGUUGGUGUCCAUAUUAAACGGGUUUCACUGUACAUGUAUGCUAGGUUUUGGGGAAGGUUUUUGGUUAAGUUUCGGGGAAGGGUUUUUGUAGGAGGCAGCGUGGCCUAGUGGUUGGAGAGUUGGACUCCCAAGCUCAAGUCCCACCCUGACUGCUAUUUGAUUUUGUUUACGGCAGUCUUGAGUUGUACGCUGUAAAGCCAAGGUAACAUCCAUGCACAUCAGGUUGCAUCAGUUGAAACAAAUCCAGCACAAGAAGAAUCCAAGAGACAGGGAAAUAAAUGCAGUGCAUCUGUAUCUCAAUUGACCUCCCAUGGGGAUAUCCUGCAAUCUCAGACUUAAAGGUCAUGGCUCAAACUUAAACAUACCUAUAUAACUAUAACAGCAUGGCUUACUGCGCUUUUCACAAAGAUGCGAACUCUAAAGUUCAAAAGCCGCCUUCACAAUUGUGUUUUUCGCUGCCGACAAUCGUGAUUAUGAUCACAAGCAACAAACCUUGAAACACAGAAACACUCAAAAUGUAUCGAAAUCGACCUUACAGAUCACAAACCAUGACCUUUGAACCCAUUUAAGUAAAGUCCUGUUUCCUAAGAGGUCUGUGAAGAUGAUUGAUGGCAGCGAAAAACACAAACAUCAGUUGGCUUGUGAACUUCAGAGUUAGCAUGUUUUUGAAAAGCGCAAGGAAACCAAAGUUUUAGGUAUGUUUUUCAAAUUGAUGCGAAAAGACUUGACUGUUUUUUACUUUGUUGUAUUUUCAGGAAUCUAACCAAGGUGGAUCUGUCCUACAAUGCAAUUAAUAAUCUCUCAGGUUUGACAAAGUUUCAUGGGCCUGGGUUUAGUUUGCAAACCCUUUAUCUCCAAGGAAACCAGCUCAGCUCUCUGGAUCAUGUAAUCAACUCACUAACUGGUUGUAAAAUGCUUAAACAACUGACAUUGUCGCAGUAUGGAGAAGCUAACCCUGUCUGUGAGAUACCAGGUUACAGAUCAAGCAUACUCAGAGCUUUGAAAGCACUUGAAGUAUUAGAUGGACUUGAUCAGAGUGGGAAUCAAGCAGCAGUGAGAGACAAUCUGUGGAGUAUUCCAGGUACAAUUUCUGACAACCUCGACCUUGAAUGAUAAUCUUUCAGUAUUGCUGUCAUUCCUGUGAGACAGAGCACAAAUAAAUAAGAAUAAGGUCUGGCUUAACUGAUUUUUGAACCAUUGCUGGAUUCUCUUAUCGGUACAUAGGUAAAUACAGAAGGCAAUAGUUGGAAUGGGAGUCUUAAAGUUUAUAAGAAUAAGUUACCUGGAUCUUUAUUCCAGGCAGAUAUCCCUUCAAGUAUUUUUUGUCUACAUCAUGAUUGCUAACAUAACUCUUAUUUUGAAGUUAUGAAUACAUGAAAAUCAUAUAUGAGAACUGCAGGGUAAAGAACAUUAUUAUAUGAAAGAAGAUCGUCUCAGUUAAAAAAAUUCAGGCUUGUACGGGAAUUUUUUUCAGGCUUUUUUUUUUUCGCAACUGCAAAAGUUGCAUCUAUAAUUGCAAUGAUCUCCUUUCAUAUAAUAACUCUUAUUUUGCAGCCAAUGAUCUCCCGGGGGGGGGGGGAACUCCCAUAUAAACGUGAUGGGGAUGCUCAUUGUAUGACUUAUGGGGUGUAAAUUGCAGAUUUUGGUCUCUCUUAGGCAUUAGGGUCUUUGAGACAGAAAGUCACUAUGUCUGCCCAUUUAGGGAUCACUUAGGGCUGUGCAUAAAGAAAUUUACAAAAAAUGCACCGACACUGACCUCACAGAAAUCUAACUUUUAAAACAGAAUUUCCACAAAAUCCCUGACACUUAUUUAGAUCCCUAACUCUUAUUCAGAUGUCUGUUUGAGCAUGGUCUCCUUUAGGGUCAGUUUGAGCUUGAGCCACACCCACAUUGGUGUUCCCUAGGGUUUAAUUUUAAUUUUCUGCUGAGCAUCCCUGUCACUUUUAUAUAGGAGGUCGCCCCACCGCCAAGGGCAUGAUAGUCACUUGCUUAAAAUGAUCAAACAGUUAUUGGAAUAGAUAAUAAAGAAAAGUCUUAACAUCAAUCAAUGUAGAUGGAGGACACUGCAACAUGAAUCUUUUCUAUGUUAAUUUUUAUCUGUUAUUUGCAUCACUAAUAUGUUUGAGUCAAUGCAGGUGCAAAUUCAGAGGCAACUUUUCUUGAAGCAAAUAUUGGAAAUGGAAAUAUUAGUGACAUUUUUGCUUUUUUUUAAGAAAUGGAUGACUAUCUAGAAUACCUACGAUCAGAAAGUUCUAGUGAGAGCCCUUUAGUAAGUGAAUGUUACUGAAAAUUUACAGUAAUAUUUAGUUUGUUAAUUUUUGUUAUUGUAAUGUUUAGUUUAAGCUUUUUACUCUUUGUAGCUAGUCUAAUGGUAACGCUUGAAGGAGUAUUGUGAAAUUUUCUGCAAAAAUCACUGGUGCUCCCAGGCUUUUUCCUCUCCCCACCCCAGAACAAUAUUGCUUCUUCUGGGGUGGGAGGGGAGAGACCUUGCAAAUGAAAUUAACUCCUGUCAGUUUAUAUUCUGGUUAGUUACUCCAUAACAUAGUGGGUGUGCAUAGCAUUUGCUCGCAAUAAUUAUUGCAACAAUCUCCCAUACUUACUUUCCAUUCUGGCAUCUGAACACCAGCUGUGUUUGUAGGACAGCAAACCUGCUAUCUGCACUGGUGAAUGGUCACUUAAGUAGUGCACACCAUGUAGAAAUUUGCGUUCUUGUUCUUGUAGAAAGACUCCAAAUAUGAAGUUAUUACCCCAAGAAUUGACUCGGUGCUAGAAAAAUUCCGACAGCGUGGGCCUAUCUCAUCAGAAACAGACACAGGGGAGGAAAGAAGAAUGGAAGAGUCAACAAUGGUAUUGAUAGUAUAAACUAAAACAAACUCCUAGCUUUGUUGCUCCAGCAGAAAGAACCUCAGUCUUUGUGGCACAGCAUUAAAUUUGAGAAACAAUAUUCUAUGGAUCUAAAGGUCUUGGUGACAAAGAUUUCACACUUUCAUACAUUCUGUCCCUGAAUAAUAUGAACACACAGAAUAUGGACAAUUGGGUAAUAUGUCUCCUCAGUUUGGUAUGAUUGAGCUUGAAGUUAGGUUUGAUUUCUGGCACUCUCUCGGUCCUCCCUAUCUGUUUGGAGGAAGGAGCGCAGCAGGGGCUCAUGUCCCAAACAGCGGCUGGUAAUCGGGCCUAGCUGGAAGUUCCCUUUAAAUUGUAUUUAAUUAAGGGGAUGUUGGUAAUCUCUGGUUAUUUGAUUGUCAGUGAUUUGUCUGUACUAUAAUUUUACCUCUGUAGAUGCAGCCCUCUGGUAGAGUAAGCCUGUCAGCUGAUCAUGAAGUUCGUUUAGAGACCCUUGAACAUCAGCUGAUGCGACUGAUUCACAACACAGUAAGUUGGGUGUGGCUUAUGUUUCCAAGGCUGAAUUCAAUUUCCACUGUGGUAGCAACCUUUAAUAAUAGACCUAGACAAGUUAGGGAAAAUCCAUCAACACCACUGGAAAGAGUGCCUUAAUGUUAGUAAAAUUGCCAAAUUUGAAAGUGAUACGUCUUAAGCGAGUGAGGAUAUAGUUCCAUAAAGUUGAGAAAAUUUACAGAUGGUGGGGAGUAAGUUUGUGCCCUCAGCCAUACAAACAUCUGUAAACUUUCGCGACUUUAAGGAGCUAUACCCUCGUUAUUUUUCAACAAAUCACUUUCAAACUUGGCAAUUUUACUCAUCUUAAGGUGCUCUUUUCAGUGGUACUUGUCCAUGUCAAAAGUUGAACAAAACUAUGGAAAGGUCUAUUCUGAAAGCAGUUUCUAUUUUUAGCUUUAGGGAGGGUAGAGGUUUGGUCUCUUUUUAAAAUAGCCUCAGAAUAUCACAAUUAUUAAGGACAUCAGAGAUUUCAGGGGUUUUGUUUCAAGUACUAGAUCUUCGUAAGAGUGUAUUUAGAUCAUUUCUGACCAAGAGCUAUCCCUCCAAUGUUAGCUUCCUAAUUCUCUAUUUGCGGUAGUUCAUUUUUGGCACCGGAGAGGCUACGUGGCAUUGCAGUUACUUGAAUCUCAUCUUUGCAUACCCAAGGAUAGCUCGUGUAUGGAUUUAUGGGAUUUUUAUGAGCAAAAGAUGGAAAGAGGAACGGACCUAGGUGAAGCUGAUCAAGACGAACAGCUGCCCCUGGGUCUUCGAUGAUAACAGGAAUCCUUGGCUUUUGAUGAAAACAAAAUAAUGUUAUUUCGACAUUGACAGUUCACGAAGGGGGAUACAGAUAGAUUUAUUGCAACAAAUGACCAAACAUCUGUUCCAUUUUAGGAAAGGACACAAGUUUCAAGUCAUAAUCUCAAAAAGACACCUAGGAAGGGUAGGUCGCAAAAUGGUCGUUUCGAUACGAAUUCAAGCAGUGAAAUAGUUUUCGCGUGAACAAGAAACACAUUUUGCUUGAAUAUUCUUCGUUCCUUAAGCCAAGGACGUGAAGCUAUUUACUUGUAAACUUGUACCGAAACGACCGCUUGUUUCCAAUCAACCGGUAACCGAUAGGUCUGGUUUCGUUAGUAAAAUAAAUGGACUUUUGGUUGGCGUUUCACGAAUGACUCUGAAGUUUUGUGAUUAGGGUUAGGAAACUGAGUGAAUCAGGUUGCAUUUAGAUUAUUAUACCAGGCAAACCGAGCUGAAACUUGAUUCACUCAGUUUCCUAACCCUAAUCACUAAACUUCAAAUUCAUUCGGCGUUCGGCUUGCGGUUUCCCUUUUCUAGAAAUACGUCGCUCGCAAACCCUUGGAAACUGCGUGUGGCACUCACCUAUGAUCAACUUGAACCUGAAGAUGAAAAGGUAGCCUGCGUCGCAGGAAAGGAAAUAGAAAAAAUAUGGAAUCCUUUACGAAAAUCCCGAUUUUCAAAUCCUACAGUAGCUGGUUGGCUUUUAAUCCAACAGUUUUCCCAGUAUGAAUACGAUUCUUUGUUAACUUUUUUUUAUUAGAAAACAGCAACUCAGAUGAUUCUGAAUCAAAUGAACACCCUGAUAAAGGUGUGAAAAGAGUUCAACGAUCACCCCAAACUAAGCGAAAGCAGCGGGCUCCGAUGUCCAGGAAAGGACAAGCCAAAACACGCAGCAAGCCAUCAGUCGCUUUUGAAUCAACAAGCUCUACAUCACCGACAGAUGAACAAACCCGGAAACUUGCAAUCAAAGGAAAAGCUGUGACAGUCAGAGACCCUAAAGAUGAUGAGACAUUUCUGGUCAGUGUUUCGGGGGAGGAGGGGGGGAACCCUCAACGGACCCCGACCCUAUAGAUAAGAGAAGUCGUCACGUCACGUUGCCAUGGUAGCCAUAUGUCUCGAUCUCAACAAACCGUGGUCCCAUACUUUUCUUUCGUCGUUCGACAAUGCAAAUGACCGUCACGAUCAAGAAAGAUUGUUGAGGUCCAGAAAUUUUUGUUACCAUGGUAACGUAACGUUACACUCCUAUUCUCUAUUUAAAGAUGAGACAAACGAAAAUUUAUACCCUACAAACCCGAAACUGGCACCCUAGGGAAAAACAAAAACUAAUUUAAACCUUCAUUAAAUCACUUUCCUAAUACUCUAAGUUAAAGUUCAGUUUUAACAGAUGAUUUGUUUCUCGAGUAGCUGGACAUUUACACACUUGAAUUUAAGCUUACACCGUGAAUUUAGGUACUCUAGCUAAGGAUCACAAAUGGAACACAUGCUAUGAUACCCUAAUUUAGGAUCGAGACCCUAACCUAUCUAGCCCAAAUUUUACUGAUCUCCGCACACAAACUGAGAAACUGAUUCAUAAGUUGAAUGUGCUUUUGGAAUAUUUGUGGACUGAGUUUCUUGAAUCCGUUUUCUGUCGAACGUCUUUCAGUCUCCCUUAUGACACACCCUAUUUUUUCUCCUCAGAGUACUGUUCAGUCUCCAAUCUCGUCAAUAUGCCGACACUUAAUCAAACCAGUCUUGCAACAAAUCAGGUUGUUGCAAGUUGCGUGAGUAACGACUUCUGAUUGGCUAAAAUUACGCGCGAGUCAUAAAUAUACUCAGGAGUGACCCACUUGCUGUAAAACAGGUUUGCCCUGGGCCGGUAAAUCGUGCAACUUGUGCAGAUUUCCUUCGAGAUGGAGAACAACUCUCUACUUUCUGCAACAAGUUUUCGCAACCUGCAAUGAUUCUAUGAAAUGCAUUGAUUAUAGAUUUUCUUCCCUGUCUUCUUUAUUUUUAGUCGCUGAUCCAAGAAUUAGAUUCCGAGCGUGAAAGGCGGUGGAAAGCUGAACAAGCUGCAAGGAAAAUGGUAGAUGCAGUGAAAGAGUUACAGUUAAAAGGUUUGUUUGGGCAACACGGGUCGCACAGUGGUGAGAGCACUCGCCUCCCAACAAUGUGGCCUGGGUUGAGUUUGGUUCUCUUCCUUGCUCCAAGAGGUUUUUCUCCGGGUACUUCGGUUUUCCCCUCUCCUUAAAAACCAACACUUUCAAAUUCUAGUUCGAUCUGGAACGCACGGACACGUUUCAACGAGUUCUUAUGAAUUCCUAAAUGCUCAUUGGGUAAACAAAUUACAUAUUACAAUUACAAUUACAGGGUUCUAUCUAGGAUUUACCGUUUGGGGGAGUGGCCGAAGGCCACGAGCUUGUUAGGAGGGUCCGGAGGCAUGCCCCCCGGAAAGGUUUUGAAAUGAAUAUGCGCCGAGACGCAAUCUGGUGCAUUUGAGAUGCAAUUUUGAGAAAUGCUACAGUGUGUUCACUACUCGGGCCAUUCCAUUUGGAUAAGUUCCAGAAAAUAUGGGCUGUGAUUUGAGACCUUGCAAUUUUUCUGCUCUUUUCAAUCUGUUCAGUUGAUUUUGAUAUACUUUGUAGAGGGUCGUUCUUCCACCAAGCCAGAUUGUAUAGUUUUACGUUUGUACAGUGGAACCUCGAUAUGUCGAACCUCUGUGCAACAAAGUCGUCGGUAUAAAAAAAACACGCUUUCCUUCACCCUAGUAAUAGUAAAAUAUGUGAAAAAGUACCUCGAUAUAACGAAACCCCGUUAUAGCGAACAUAUUUUGCCAGUCCAUUGACCCUUCGUUAUAUCGAGGUUCCACUGUACACAGAUUUUUACCCGGUUGGUUUGUUUAAUUGGCAAGCACACCUGAUAACUCACGAAUUUAUUGAUUUUGCAAACAGAGGCUGAGGAAAAGAAACUGCGAGAAGCUUCACUGGCAGCCAGCAGUCGGUUAAAACGUGCUCUGCUUAAAGAAAAGGAAGCCAAAGAUUCUCUUCAGAAAGCUCUCAAUGAAAUACAGGCAAGAGGAAUAUGUCUGGUUCGCUUGCACUAAAAAUUAAAAAGAUCUGUCUCAGCCCUGCAGGCCAAAGUCUGAUUCAGCCCCUUCUGGAGUCAUUUGAGCACAAUUUGAUUCAAAACAGUCCCAUCAAAAGGCUAUUCCAGCCCACACUGGGAUCCAUUUCAGCCCUUGGGUCCAAAUCAGCCCUAGUUUAUUGGACUGUAUUGGCCAUGAUUAAGGGAACCAAAUUAGACUCUAAAGGGCCCCAUUUUUAGGGCUAAAACAUAUCUCUCUGAUUCACAGUGUAUUGUUUUUAGUGCGGUUAUCUGUUACAUGCAUGUAUUUGUUGAAAGCCUUUUCUGUUUCUAUUUUUUAAAUAAGGGAGGGUACACAUCUUGAAUUUACCAGAAACAUUUUCCCUGUGCUAAAGAGAAUUCCGUAAAUAAAAAAACACCAGAGAUAGCGUAGAAAAAAGCAUUUCAUUGCUUUGUAGGGACAAAAUAUUGAGCUUAAUGAAGAAGUAAAACGACUCAAAGAGAGGGAAGAAGAUCAACAGAGAGCUUUGCGAGCAUUAGAGCAGGUUACAACGAAGAUGGAGACCGAAAAGAUUAAACAACACGCCGAGGCGGUUAGUAUUUAUCCAAUCCUUUUUUAGUAAGUUAUAGUAGCUAAUUUUUAGCAACAGUUAUGGAAAUUCAGGGUGCGCCAAGGAAAACAUGUUUAAGAAUGCGCUGAUAUUUCUUGCCUCCUUCUUAGGUUACUAAUUUACAGAUUUAAGGUGAUGUUACGCUAGACGAGUCGCAACGACAAUUUUUAGCGCAACACAGCGUUGCAACAUUGUUGCGACAAUGUUUCGAAUGGUUGCAACAUUGUUCCAACAUUGCAGCGCUGUGUUGUCCUAAAAUCGUCGUUGCGAAUCGUCCCGUGUAACAUCACCUUUAAGAUCUUGCUCGUUGGUUAACACAGGGGCCUUGAGAUUUUUCAGCCAGUCGCCAAGCGGUGAAAUAAAACCAACUAUGAACCAAUCACGUGAGUCAAAUCACGUGAUUUUCGUCAAGUGCAAGCAAGUCACGACUCGCUAUUGGUUUUAGUUUAGUCUGACUGGUUUGAAUCAGCCAAUCGUGAAGCGUAGAAUUGCAAAACCAUACUAAUCCACGUGAUCUAUUUCUACGAAUGUGUUGUUGCAGGUUUCCCAAUUACAACGUGAACAGAUGAAAGUUGGCGCCUUAACAAAAGAAACAGAGUUGUUAAAACACUCUGUUAAACAGCUGAAGGGCCAAGUUCAUCAGCUACAAGAGCUGCUUGCAAACAGAGAACAGGAACACCGGUAAAUGCUCAUUUUUGUUAUGUACUUUAAUAAUCUCAUUCUAAAGAUCUACAAAAAUAGGCCGAAAGUUAGCGCUCUUAAACAUUAGUUUUUGAGUCGUCCUCACUUUCAGUGACCGGCUGUCUUCAACAACGCCAUCAUCCGUUAUAACGUGGUCCUCAAGGACCCAGAAUGCUUAGGUGUCCCCUGAAUGGAGGUUAAACCUGGGUUUCGGGACUCAGAAAAAAUGUCCCUUCCCCAGAAUAGAAGUGUCCCUUCACACCUCUAAAUAACGAAAAAACGGGCUGAUUUGUUGCAAGACAGGUUUGAUGUGGGUGGUAAAACGCGCAACAUCGCUGUUCAACUCGUUUUGCAGCAAUGUUGCAAAACAAGUUGGACGUUUUUUCUUGCCAGUUUUUGCGUAUCUUAAGAGGUAGGAUUAUAUAAACAUUUUUCGGGUCCAAUUUGGUGUCCCUUGAAUGAUCGUGUCUCUUGAAGAGAGGUGACCCAAAGGAGAGGUUUCAUUGUAUUGUUACCACUCUCUCCCCCUCCCAUCCCCCCUCCCUUUUAUUCAUGUCAGAAGCGUUCUCAAUCACCUGCUGUUUGACCCAAAACCAAAACAGUUACUCUGAUCAAUCGUAAUAGAAUCAGUCCGUCAAAUAAACCAAUUAGAUUUUGAGUCGUAAAAUGAAGUCGGCCUCGAGCGCGAGAACCUAAACGCAGUGAGUAAGUUCCAAAGAGGCGAUUAACAGCCGACAACAACAGCAACAACAACAACAACUUUAUUCGUUACCAACAGUAUAAAAUACAGUACGGUACAGUCUGCCUCAGAUAACCAAAGGGGCUAAAGAGAAAGGGCAGCCACACUUAGGCGAUUUUUCUACUUAGGGAUAUAGUUUAACUUCUGAUUGGCUUAGAAGUGUUGCAAGUGAUUUUUCAGCCAAUCACAGAGCACAGAACAUGCGCAAAAUUAUUAUCGACACGUGAUUGAAAACGUCUCUAACUGCGCAAUGGAAAAUAUUCUGAAUAAUGCGUAUAGACUACCUUUUCUUUCUCACUUGCUUCGUCCCUUUCAGAAAAGCCGUAGAAGGCCUGGUACGAGUUGACAGUCAGGAGGUACAGGUCAUUGUGGAUCGGGAGGUCGCUAAGCAAGAGACUGUCCAUCAGCAAUUCAUUAAAGAAUAUCAAGACAAGUAAGAAACCAGUUAAACCGGUUGUGAAGUUGCAAAGUAAAUUAUGAUGGUAACGUGGUGCGAUCAUGUCUUUGUGAAGUGUUUCUGCUGUUUCUGAAAAGACAAAAUAUUUGUAAUCUAUUAAGGUCAGAUUAAAUGCUCUAGCAUUUCAACUACAUAACGUUGGUGCCCAGUUUGACCUUGCCUCUGAAUGACUGGCCACGAGAGAUUUUUCCCACUUGUUUGUUCUUCGUGUAGCUUCCCACGCAGGACUCUGUCACGCGUUCCUUCCCCACGAACGUUUGUGUAAUGGGGAAGGAACAUGUGACAUAUUUAAAUUUAAGUUUAAAUUUAAAUACUUAAUUAUCCUCUCCCCUAAUGGGGCUUUUCAGGGAUAGUAAUACCUGGGGCUUUCGGAAUACAAGUCCAGCGCCCUAACCGCUCGGAAACGCUGCCUCCGCGUGCGGCUGGCUAUUGACAUGUCUGUUAUAUACUAAAAAAAAUCAAUCACCUUAUUUACGUCAGUGUCAAUUUAAGUACAAGAAGUUUAAAAUUUUAAAUGAUCUACAUUUUCGUAGGUUAAAUAAACGUGACCUGGAAUAUGCUGCACUCGAAGAUGAGUUUAGGAUGGGUCUUCAGAUCGAAGCCAACCGCUUUAGAGAGGUGGGUCACGACUUUGAAAAGCAUUUUUAUCAGUUCAUGAAAAAUCUGAAGUAUUGUUUUUUUCCGUCAAUUCAUAAUCUUAACGCCAAUUCUCUAUUUCCAAUUCCCCAUAAUACACUCUGUUUGCCCCCCAAAUUUUGCAUAAACCAUUGUUUUUAAAUGCUCCUGGGAGUAUUGCAUUUUCCCAAGAGCAUUUUAAGACAAUAAGUUAUGCAAAAUUUGGGGGGCAGACAGAGUGUAUUAUGGGGAAUUGGAAAAAAGUCAAUGACAUGGCCAAUCAAAAUUUAGCUAGCACAAACGAAAUCAAAUCAGUGUGUUUUUCGUUUGUGGCAACAUGAUCCAUAUGUUGCUCCAAGUUCUUAAAUGGCUGCAGUGUAGUUUUAGGCUAUCAUAAGAAAGGGCCAUCUGAUCGUCAAUCAACUUUCUAAGUGCGUUUUUUAAUACUUCAUUUCAGUUCUAUUCCUACCUUGCAAAAUAUGAAUACUUUACUUACAGAUCACCUAUAAUGCACCUUGUUUACCCCCCGAAAUUUUGCAUAAGCAUUGUUUUCAAUUUCUCUUCGGACGCCUGUAAUACCCAAGGGAAAUGAAAAACAAAGGUUAUGCAAAAUUGGGGGGAAGGGAGCAAAUAAGGUGCAUUAUGGGAGAUGUGCAAGUGACGUAUAGGCCAUUUCCGCAUUCCAAAAAUUCUCACUUUCAAAACGAGGCUAAGUGCAAGAACUUUCCAGUGCUCGACUUUCAGAAAAAAAUAUUUGGGCCUGCUGGCCCCCAAGUUUUCAUUUUUUGUCACCAGCACAACUAUUGCGGUCGCCAAAAAAUAUAUUUAAGAAUUAAUGGAUUUAAUUUUGUGAAGGAUAACGGAUUAUCAUUAGUGUACGUUUACCCAAAGAAGAAAGUCACCUAUAUCUUGGGGGCCAGGUUGGCGACCAGGUGAGAAAAUUUGGUUGCCACUGAGUAAAAGCUAGUCGCAUUGGCGACCCCACGGGUCGCAACGUCGAGCCCUGAACUUUCUUGUGAAAACGAGUUUUAUUUGCAUGAGAAUAAAAAAUCAUUUUCUUAUAAUAAGCUGCGCACUUAGGUUAUGUUCACACCAUACCGGAUGGCUUUUCGUGCCGACAUGGAUGCUAUCUGUUAUAGUGUGAACACUUAUCCGAUAUGUGACUCUCCACUUUUGAGAUGGGCGCGGUGCAGCUUCGCACCAAAAUCACCGUUCUUACGUGUGAACAGAAGCCAUAUCCUGUAUGAUUUUCGUGCCGGCGCAAGAGCUAUCCAGCGUAGUGUGAAUGACUGUGAACAUAGCCUUAACCUCGCUUUAAAAAGAGGCUUGGUGCAACUCGGAUAUGGCCUAUGGUUUAAAGCCUACACGUUUCUUUUUUUUUUACUAAACAGUUGCAAGACGCUUUUCAGCGAGUAAGUGAUGAAAGUGCUCAACAAAAAGAAGCUCUACAUGCUCUUAAACAAAAGGAAAGCAAAGCCACAAACAUGGUCACUGAGCUGACGGCGGUAAGGUUUCUUGAAUACUAGUUAAGUCUUGGGGAGCCAGAGAUCACUUUUCCUGGCCGGUCGAGGCUCUUAUUAGUGAACCAAAGCUUAAGGGAUGAUGAAAACUGACAAAUAAACAAUAGCCCUCAUGCAUGUUUACGUCAAACGAGCAAGUUUCAUCCCCAAGCCUCGUUUUCACAUUGUAAAGUUGCGAAGUUUCGCAUAAAUGAAUUCCUAAGGCUGAAUAGAAUACCAACGCACAGAGAGUGCAAUUGCGAAGAAUUUUGCUUACAAACGAGGCCUGAUUGGGAUGUUACUAAAACGGGGAACGGGAAAAUGAAAAAUGAGAACAAAGCCUAACUUGAACCCUGGCCCUAUCAGUAAAUUCAUUUCCAAUUCUUUGUUUUUCAUUCUCCUGUUCCCCGUUUUAGUAACAUCCGGCCUGGUGGUGAAAUUUGGUCAUAUGACGUAAUCAUGUAUAAGGGCCAUUCAAAGGAAGAACGCGCGUGGAACAAUAGUAAAUGCGCCCGGACUAAAAAGUUAAAAGCGGAGCGCGUUCCGUUCCUCCCCUUGUCGGCCAUUCCACUCGGCUCUCUAAAGGGGCCCCUGCGGCAGAGGAUGAAGGGAAUAAAUUUGUUCGUUUUUUUCUCUUUAUUCUUCUCUUCCUCUCUCCUUGCGCGCUUCCUUCUCCCCUUUAUCUCCCAGUCUUUGAGCGUUUUUUUAAUUUCUGAGGUGUUAAAAAUGGAAUAUAAGAGGGCUCUGAUAAAAGAGAACAAGGAGCAGGCAUUCUAGAAGAAAAUAGAAGGAAAUAACUCUUAUAAGAUCUACGCGAACAAAAGUUAAUAAAUUUAAAGUUUUAUCAUAUGAUGAGGGUUCCUCUUUUCGCUUUUAGCGGACACUAUAUUUAUACAAAGUGAAGAUAAGUUACUAAGUACUGCAGGAUGUUCUUUGAUGUCAUGAUAAGUUAACUUUGAUAGCACCUAGUCCUUGUGAACCCCCUCGAGAUAUUAUAAAAAAGAUCACUUAUUUCCAGGUUUGCGCACUGCUGCAAAAAUUACGAUUUUUCGUGUGUUUGACUCCCGUUACUUCUGUUUGUAUGUUUUCUUUGAUUUAGAUGGUGAAGGAACAGCGCGGAAGACUUACAGAACUUUCAAGAGGAAGACAGGAAAUAGUCGGAGAUUACAAAGUAUGUUUAAAUUGAAACAAAUUACUACAUAAUUCAAUAUGACGUCAGGAUAUCGUUUUUAAAACGAUCGUAGUCUGCAAUGAUAUGGACCAACACGAGAAGCAAUCCUCAAGUACACGGGCAAUCCGACUCUGGCACUUGAGUUGCGUAUGUAGCUUCAUAGCUGCGCAUCAUCAUCUCAUAGCAGUCUUAAUUUUUGAAGGAAUUACCACUCCCAUUAACAUAAUGGAAGUGAGGAAUGAGUCACUCCCGCUCAGGGGUUUAUCUAAUUCCCAGGGGCAGUCACAAUAUCUGAAGGAUUAUCUUCAGGUACAGUAUUUCCUCGAAUGAUAGCCGUCCCUCGAUUAAUCGCAUCCCUCGAAUAAUCGCCCCAACCCUCUCGCCAUCCUCUCUUUUGUUUAUCUCCUCCCUGUCAAGUUGAAGUGGAAUCUGAUCCAGCGAAACUGAUCAGUGACGAUUCAAGCUCUGAAAAUCAAUCAAGGAACCAAAUUUGGAACACUUAAAAAGCUCAUGUUCAGUUUAUUUGUUAUGAUAAUAAAGCAAAAUAUAUAGGGCACCACUUCAAGUGAGUAAUAUUUGAAAUAAUCGCCUCCCUCGAAUAAUCGCCUUCCCUGGAAUAAUCGCCCCUGUUUUAUGCGAAAAAGGAAAUAAACACCCUGGCUAUUAUUCGAGGAAAUACGGUAUUAUCGAAGAGAUGAUUUCAUGCAUCUCGGCGAUAUCAUAACAUUCGUGGGUCGAUUAUUUCAUCCCAGGUGUAAUGUUAUGAUCGAAAGAGCAAUUACUACUGCCCAGAAGUAGUCCUGUUCGUCCAGCAGUGGCGCACGCUUUAUCAUCUCCGUUUUAAUGCUUACCUUUCUUGCAGGAAAGAAUUCAGAACUUAGAGAAGCAGUUGAGCGAAGCUAACAAACAUCUAACAAGACUGGAAGUACUAGAACAGGUUAGAAUAAUCUUAAAUGCAAACUCCGAAUUCUACACUGUAGUUCGAUUGCAACAAAACGCUUUAAGAUAUAAAGAUGGAAAGAAAAAAAAUGUGGAAUUAUACUUGAUAAGGGAGAGAUGAGUAGUGGACAAAGGAGCAAACGUUGUCGACGUGGCCACUCCUCAAAGUUUGUUGUUGCUGUUGUUCAACUGCUGACUGCUUAGUGCUGUAUCUUAUAAAUUGCAGGAUAAAGCUAAGUUGUCAGCCCAGAUACGUGCUCAAGGAUCAGUGAUUGAAGGUUUGAGAUCGGAGAGAAAGCUGUGGAGCGAAGAGCUUGCACAACAAGGUAUGAAAACAUCAACUUAGAAAAGAAAAAGAAUUGCAAGACUUGGUUUCCUUCGUCUGGGCUUUUGAAUUAAUUCGGAAAGCAGAACUUUCGUACAGGGUUCGCACGCCCCUCGAAAGUUCUUGAAUUUCGGUGCUAACUUUAUCCAACCCAGCAAACACAGAAAUACCUUUUAAUAAUAAUAUUGCUCAUGUUGUGGAAGAAGAAAAAAAGACGUAGACCCAAAGGUCUUUUUUGCACUGAAUGGCGUCCUUGAAAAAUGGGAAAUGUGUCCUUGAAAAGUCCUUUAAUUUUUGUUCAAAAAAGGGUACGAACCCUGUCUUUAAGGAUGCUAAAGAGUUCGUAGUUUGUUCCUGUGGAGUUGUUAAUAAGGGCUUACAUAAGGAAUUUUCGUCCAAUGUUAACAGGGGCCUCACUUGCUCAGGAUCGCGGAAGAAUGGAAGCGCGCAUUGAAGCACUUACUGCUGAGGUCAGCGGACUAAAGAAAGAAUGCCAGGUGAAUUCUUUAACGGCGUACGUAAUAGGCCAUUUCGGAGUUCGUAAAUUUCUCGCUUUUAGAACGAGGCUAAGUGCAAAACAUUUCUUGUGACAACGAGUUUUUUUGCAUGCGAAUAAAAAUUCAUCUAUGUACAUCUCAAUGACUUCUCACUGAGUCUCGCUUCGAAACAGCGGGUUAGGGCAACUCGAAAAUGGCCUAAGCAACGACGUUUUUCAGCGAUGUACGUCAACCGGAAGUGGCCUUUUUUUUUUUCUUUUUUGGACGAUGAUUUUGCCCAAAUUGUCAGUUAAAUUGUCUCUAUAAGAGUAAAGAAGCUAAGCAAUAUAAAUUUUAUAUCAUCAGGGCUUGUGAAGAGGGAAAAGGCCUCACUUACGGUUGACGUGCGUCCCUCAAGAAAGCCUUUGCUUAAGCGUACGUUACGAGAACUGAAACUCAAGCUAGGUUUAUAAAGGAAGGUGCACCAGAGGCGUAAUUUGUUACUACUCCCUCUGGACCGGUAGUCCAUCGCACAGUUAUUCCAGCACUACUAAACUGCUCAGAUAACUAUGCGAUUGCAGCUGGGCGGGGGGGGGUGGUGCUUAGGUGGUUACUAGUACUCCCAGGUGCUCCUUGCUACUGAAACUGGAAUAAACUCUGGGUUGGUAUGUCUCAUGUCUCGAUCUGCAUUCAAGGCAUUAGCUAAUUAGAAAAGGAAUAACAAUUAAGGAAGCUAUCUUGUUGGAUUACAGACGAAACAGAUACGCAAAGUACUUCUGAACAAAUCGAACCAUUUAUUAUUUUCUAGGUACCUUGAACAAUCCAAAUGUAGUUCCUCGUUCCUCAUUUUUUCUCAGAAUAAAGGAAAAAUCCUUCCUCUAAAGGUCGUUACUUUCAAAUAGGAAAUACGAUAAGGUCUCCAAAAUUCUUAUCUAUGCAAUCACCGGCUUGGAGACGGCUUAGAAGUGACGUUUACAAUUCAGCUUAUAUUCAGCUUAAGAUUAUACCUUUCUAUAUAAGGUCUCUUUUACAUUCAACCUUAGCGGCAAUGACUGAUCACAACAGAACUAGACUGCUAUUGCUGUUAAAAGUUAAUUUUUUUAAAAUUGUAAUACUUUUUUGAUUCUUAUAUAUUUCAGAGUGCUAAUGAAACGAUAGCCAUCAAGACCAAAGUAAUAGAGGACCAAACAGACUCCAUUAAAAAACUCAAACAGGUCAGCCUAUGAGCGUAAUAUCCCUGACGGUAAUCCAAGGGUAACGGAAUAUAUUGGGCGUGGUAUGUUAACUAUCCUGUAUUCGGAAAUUCAGUUCAUUGCACUGUACUCUUUCGCAUCGUUGUCCGUGACAGAAGUUGAAAAGUGGUGGACAAAAAACUCAGUUGAUUGUGGUUCGUGUUUUUGCGCAACCGUGAAUGGAGACAGUCGAGGACUUUUUCCGCGCUAGACUGUUCACAGUCCCUUGAUUUUCCGUAAGAUCACCCGACGACCCCGGUCCCCGACGCCCGGCCCCUUAGUACUUAUGAAACCAAGAUGGCCGCCCGUACCCGAGAGCGCUCGAUCCUGACGAUCUUAGGACAAAAUAGGGGACUGUGAACAGUCUAGCUCCGCGCUCUUUCCGCGCGCUUCGCUGCGUUCAAUGACUACUGAUAAUAAAAGAGUAUACUAUAUUAAUAGUCCGGUUUCGAAUUAAAAAUUACCGCUGAAUAUAAACAUUAACGACACAUUCAUACAUGGUUAGCCUCGACGUGAAGUAAAAUAUUCAGAAAUUCUGGCAAGUAAGUGUUUGAAAUUUGAAUAUACACAAUAGACAGAGUAAUAUACAGGUCUUUUUCUCGUUGGAAUUUGUGAAUAUAUUACGUCAGAUUGAGGCUAAGGCUGUAAAACUUGCGUCUUCACUUCUUUUAUUCAGCGGUCAUAACGAACUCGAAAAUGGACUAUUGAACGAAAGAAACAGGCUAACAUUAAUUAGAAUAAUAAAUCAUGUUGAUCUUAUUCAGAAACUCUCUGAUCAAGACUUGGAUUUGCGCCAGAAAGCAGAAGAUAGCAAAGAGCGGGAACGAAAUCUCGAACAGCAGUUAUCUGCCGAGUCUGCUGCCAAUCAGGAACUCCAGGUCAGGUCUUAAUGCUUCUUAAAUUGUAGUAAUACUCUUUAAGUAGAGAUCGGGGGUGGGGAGGAGGUACUUAACCGUGUUAAACGCUGAGGCAACCCCCCCAUAGUUGAAACCAUUUAUGCUAUUAUGCACCACUUCGGCAGAAGAAGUAAUCCUUUUCACUUGCCGAGUAAUACCUUAAGGUACUUAGACGAAUUAGCCUCUGUCAGGCCAUUGAGAUAUUGAGUAUCCGAUGCUUUAUUUCAGGAACAAGUGGAUGCGCUUAUCGAUCGUAAAGAAUCGCUCAAACAGGAACUAAACAAAACAAAGGAAGAAUUGCAAACAACCAAAGAGAAUCACAGGUGGUUCUAGUGAAUCUUAUUCGAACGCCAUGACUGAUUUUGACAGGUCUCGUUUCUUACUCGCUUGCCAAGAAGUGUGAAUGACUGAAACUAAUCAUGUAGGCUUGCUGUCAUCAGUUUAAGUAGCAGGUUACCAUAUAGAGAAAAUAAAGGUCUUUAAGAUUUGCCAAUCACCCGCAUUGGUCAGUCGUAUCUUUUCGUUGGUCGUAGUUUGCGCGUGUUUUUCAAAGGAAAGGUCGGGGAAACCGGAGAGAAAGACAGGGAGAGACACCACCAUCGCGCUCUUCGCGCGAGAAUCCACGACUGCGUCGCUGAGUACCUUGGGAUCAGCAAUUUAAGGUGUAUGAGAUACAAACUCACGUCUUUUUUGAGGUCAUACAAUUACGUAUAUACUGAACAAAGUAGUCUUAAUUAUCCCUCGUUGGCUAGGGAUCAACAAUUCUGAUUGUAGAGAACUAGAAUUAAAAGCGUCACUUAUUUUUCUUCCUCUGGUUUAACAGA